GCGCGCCGAGGGGAGCGGGGGCGCGGGCGGCCAGAGCGGCGGCGCCGCCGAGGAGGAGGCCCAGGGCGGCAGGCUCGCGGUGAUAGGCCUGAUCGUCGCGCUGGCGCUCUGGGGCUUCAGCUGGCCCGAGGAGAUCAAGCGCGCGCAGAUCUGCCCGCGCAGCAAGCAGUUCGAGCGCGACUACUUCGCGGACCCGGCGAAGGCCGCCUACGCCGAGUCGAAGGGCUUCAAGUACCUGCAGGACCCCAACUGCAUCGAGCUGGACGAGUUCCUCGGGAAGGUCCGGGGCUACCUGCCGCUCGGCUGA